CAAAUCAACUUCAGCGGACUGUAAAACCCGUCUAGUUUGCACGUCUCUUCGUUUAUCCCUCCAUUUUUUGUUCUAGAAAUUUCACUGAACUGUAAGCUGUCACUUCUUCUGUGUGCAACUGUUGAUUCUCUAGGGUUUUAUAAUACAAUGUAUACACCUGAUUCUUCCUCCAACAACCGCCGGUUCCCGGCGCCGGCGAUGUAUCCGCAGCACAGUUACCGUCCGGCGAAUCACCGGCCCUAUAGGCCGUGCUAUUAUGCUUCGAAUUACGAGCUUGAUCGCCCGCCGGGGAAUUGGCACGAACCGCCGAAUUUCAUAGUCCAGCUUCGUUCCCGUAGUAACCACCGAAGAAUCAGCCGUUCCGAAUUGAACGCUCUAAUUGAGAAAUUACCGUUUGCCCCUCGGAAUUCCUUUGUGUUUAUCAAAGGUUUCAUUUUUGGGUCACUGCUGUACGAUCAAUGGAGUGAAACGCUUGAAGUGAUUGUGGAAUUAUGGAGAAUAAGGCCGAAGGCGGGCAUUUGUUUACGCCGUGGGUGAAACGAAAUGUUGAGGUUUCAUCUGAUAGGGAUGAGUUGAAGGAGAGGGUAAAACUGGUAUUUUUGGAGAAGUUGAAGGGAUUGUUAUCAGUAGAGGGUGAAUUGUUACAAAAGUGGGAGAACAAAUUGGAUUUGGUGUGCGAUGAAAUUACAAAAUUGAAAUUACUAAAGAGUAGGAAUAAUUUGGUGUACAAUGUGAUUAUGAAGAAUAAGGAGGGGUUUGAGAAGGAAAGGGAUUUGAUAAGGAAAAGGAUAAAGGAGUUUAGAGGAGGGAUUGAAUGUGUUAUUCAGCAUUUGGAGGAGAAGGGUUUUAAGGAAGAGGAAGAGGGUUUAAGGGUGUUUAAGAUUGGAAGAGAAUUUGAUUGGAAUAAAAUUCAUUGUUUGAUGAUGAGAGAGUGUCGUAGGCUUGAUGUUUGCUUGCCAAUUUUCGCUUUCCGGCAGCAGAUACUUAGGCAAAUACAUUAUCAACAGGUGACCGUCUUGAUUGGCGAGACUGGAUCAGGAAAAAGUACACAACCGGUUCAAUUCCUAGUUGAUUCUGGAGUGACUGGUAAUGGAUCUAUGGUUUGUACUCAGCCCCGGAAGCUUGCUGCCAACUCUUUGGCACGAAGGGUGCAACAAGAAAGCGAAGGGUGUUAUGAUGACACCUCGAUCAUAUGCUAUUCUUCAUAUUCAUCUGGUCAUAAAUUUGACUCAAAGGUUGUGUUUAUGACAGAUCAUUGCCUUCUACAGCACUAUAUGGUCGAUAAGACUUUGUCCAAGAUUUCAUGUAUUGUUGUUGAUGAGGCACAUGAAAGAAGCCUAAACACUGAUCUACUUUUAGCAUUGAUAAAGAAUCUGCUCUAUCAUAGGCUUGAUCUGAGGCUUGUUAUUAUGUCUGCCACAGCUGAUGCAGACCAGCUUGCUGAUUACUUCUUUGGCUGUGGAACGUUCCACGUGUCGGGUAGAACUUAUCCGGUUGAUAUUAAAUAUGUUCCCUGUGAAUCCAUUGGAUGUCUUGGUGCUGGCCCAAUCUCCUCCUAUGUCUAUGAUGUUGUUAAGACGGUGACUGAAAUCCAUGAAACAGAGGGAGAGGGAACAGUCCUAGCCUUCUUGACUUCUCAAAUUGAAGUCGAAUGGGCUUGUGAGAAGUUUCAAUCAUCAUCAGCCAUUGCUUUACCUUUACAUGGCAAACUAUCCUAUGAAGAACAGCAUAGAGUUUUUCUCAGCUAUCCGGGGAACAGAAAGGUAAUAUUCACUACAAAUGUUGCUGAGACAUCAUUGACAAUUCCAGGGGUUAAAUGUGUUGUUGAUUCUGGCAUGGUCAAAGAAAGCAGGUUUGAACCUGGCACUUGCAUGAGUAUUCUCAGGAUAUGCAAUGUCAGCCAGAGCUCUGCUAAUCAACGGGCUGGCCGUGCUGGGAGAACUGAACCAGGAAGGUGUUAUAGACUUUACUCAGAAAGUGAUUUUGAGGCUAUGCCUUGUCAUCAGGAACCUGAAAUUCGCAAGGUUCAUCUUGGUGUUGCAGUGCUGAGGAUUCUUGCUCUGGGCAUCAAGAACGUGCAAGAUUUUGAUUUUGUUGACGCACCUAGCGCUAAAGCUAUUGAGAUGGCCACCAGAAAUCUGGUUCAGUUAGGCGCUGUUAGGCAAAAAGAUGAUGCUUAUGAAUUAACUACAGACGGACGAUGUCACGACCCAAUUUCCCCUCCGUUUGGGUAUCGUGAUGGCACCUAGUCUUAGGGACUAGGUAAGCCUAA